AUGACCGUUGUGCUGGUGUCUUUAAUUCUCGGAGCGCUUAUAGCCCUCUAUUUCUACUUGACGCGAAAUUACAAAUACUGGCAAAACCGUGGUGUUCCGUGCAUGGAUGGACCCUUGCCGGGGUUCGGACACAUGCUGUCGGUAAUCUGCAUGAAGACAAACCUCGGCGAUUUCUGUUACAAUAUCUACAAAAAUAACAAGGGUCGCAGCAUGAUCGGGAUUUACCAGCUUACGUCGCCGUCGUUGAUGAUUAUCGAGCCGGAGUUAGUGAAAACGGUGCUGAAAACUAAUUUCUCCAGUUUCUUUGAGAACACCAUCAAUAUUGACUAUGAAGUGGAUCCGCUCGCGUCAUAUCAUCCCUUCGUUCUUUCCGGCGAGAAGUGGCAAAACAGCAGAAAACGCUUGACCUGGGCAUUUUCCAAUACGCGACUGAAGAUCCUGCUAAAAAGCGUCAAACAGGUGUGCGCGACGUUAGAGAAAUAUAUCGAUGGAAAGCUGAGCAACGUCACGAAGACGGAGUUUGAACUAAAAUCCUUGUUCUCCAGAUACACCGCUCAAGUAGUAGCCGCCGCUGGUUUCGGCGUAGAUGGACACUGCUUCGAUGACGAGAAAAAAGAGAUGUCUUUCCGAGAAAUCGGAGAAUCUAUUUUUGAACCGUCCACACGAAAUAAAAUUAUGUUCGCUCUCGUGUUCCUUAUUCCAUCGUUAAACAAAAUCAUUAAAAUGAGAGUCAUUUCAAAGCGCGUCGAACAUUUCUUCAGGACGUUGGUUGCAGAUCUCAUGGAGCAAAGGAGAAGGGAUGGAAUACCCAGGGCUGAUUUUCUCCAUUUAAUGGCCGAACGGGAACGGGCGGAGGGCGAUAAAUUCGACACUGAAAUGCUCACGGGACAAGCGAUGUCGUUCUUCAUCGGUGGCUACGAGACCUCCACUGUUAUGAGUUUCAUCGGCUUCCAUCUGGCCAGUCAUCCUAAAAUACAGGAGAAAUUACGCGAAGAGGUGGUGACCGUGCUUGACAGAUACGACGGUGAAAUCACUUAUGAAGGUUUAAAGGAGAUGACAUACAUGGACCAAGUUUUCAACGAAUCGAUGAGAAUAGUACCUGCAGGAGUACUUAUGAAGAAACGAUGCACGCAGGAAACCGAAUUGAAAGGCUCGGAUGGAGUUGUCUGUCGCGUGCAAACCGGAACGGAGGUCCUGAUACCGGUUCAAGCUUUGCAAAACGAUCCGCAAUACUGGGAAAAUCCUGAUGAGUACAAUCCUGAAAGAUUCAACCCGGACAGAAAACGCAGCAUCGAGACAUUCGCCUUUCUUCCCUUUAGCGAAGGUCCGCGAUUUUGCGUGGGGAUGAGAAUGGCUCAGCUACAGAUGAAGGCAGGUCUGGCUAUAAUUCUGAGAAAAUAUAGCAUGGAACUAUCCCCGAGGACGCAAAUACCUUUAAAGAUGAUUCCUGGAGCCAUUUUAUCAACACCAAAAGGUGGUCUGUGGAUUUAUUUUCGGCAUCUUUAA